UCUCUCAUUUGUGCCAUUGAAUUCAAACACUAGACACCUUUUCCAGAAGCACUGACAAGUGAUAAAAAAAUAUCUUUAGAACCUAAACUUGAGAGUAGACCUGCCUUUGUCACAGUUUCUGGGCAAAUAUUCACCUGUUUUGUGUGCUAAUCGUUCUUGAAAAAGGACAGAUGUACUAAAUUAGUGAUAGUGCUCAGUGAUAUAAGCAGUGGUUCUAGAAGAUUGUGACUCUAAUUGGGCAGUGUCUUGUAGUGAAAAUGUUUAGGUGAUGCUGGAUAUUCAGCUGCUGGGCUGAAGUUGUAACGACUUACAAAGAAAGUCAACAAAACGUGACGCUUUUUACCUGUUUUACAGUAACCUAUGGAUGUUUUACUUCUGACGAGUCUGACAAUUAGUGCAUUGGGUACGAGACACUUUUCCAGUAUUUAUAAAAAAUGUGCGAAGUGGCUGGUGCUCGUGUAGAAUUUAUCUCAGAGAGAGACUCGAGUGAUAAUCGCGUUGUGGACUGAUAAGGAGUUGGUGAAGUUCGAGGAAAACAUUUGUUAAUAAGCAAUUUGAAACAUACAGAUAAGAUUCCGUCAAUCGUGCUAGUAGAAAUUUGACUGUGAUCAAUGCAAGGAGAACAAUUGGAGGAAUAGCAAUCACGUGGACACCAUGGCAGAUUAUAUCAGAGUGUCCAACGAGGACUCUAGUACUCCAGUAUUUGUUGCCGAUGAUCGUUCUCCGGAUGACGAACCACUCCUUACUGACAAUGGCAAAGACAGUCAUAGGGAGGAUAGUCACAAGUGCCUCUAUGGCCAGAGAGGAUUCAGACAUCCCACAGUGGAUUUACAGAGCCUCAGAGCCAGGAAACAACUUCUUAUAGCGACAAUAAUUUGUUCGUUUUUUAUGGUUGCAGAGCUUUUUGGUGGAUACUUAGCUGGCAGUUUAGCUGUAAUUACGGAUGCUGCCCACUUGCUCUCAGACUGCAUUAGCUUCAUCAUUGCUCUCUUGGCAAUUUGGCUGGGAAAACGUCCUGCAGAUGAACACAUGUCCUUCGGCUAUAAAAGAGUCGAAGUGGCGGGAGCAGUCCUGUCCAUCCUAGGUAUCUGGGCACUGACAGGUGUACUAAUCUACUUAGCAAUAAUUCGCCUCAUCAACUGGGACUUUGACAUAGAUGCUGACACCAUGAUCAUCAUCUCUUCCGUCGGUGUGGCCUUCAAUGUUGCAAUGGCAAUCGUGUUGCAUGGAUCUUGCGCCAGUGUCCUCCACGCCCAUUCCCACACCCACGACAACUGUGAUAGUGACCACACCAAAAAGACUCUGGCGGAAGCGCCUCGAGGCAAUUUCGACGUCGCUCUGCCCAAUCCAUUAAGUCUGCACAGUACCUCCUUCCUGACGACGCAUAGUCGCCAUAAUUCCUUCAGCAAGGCCAGUGGAUGCAAUGGAAGCAUCAAUCAUGAGGAUGUGAUAGACAUGCAAGCCACAGACGCCCAUAGGGGAAGCCAUGAACUAACCCUGGGAAGGCUUUCUCCUGACAAUAGAACAAGUCCUCUUAACUGCCGUCAAACUGAGGACUACACAAUAUUAGAACCAAAUGGAUCAGUCCAUCAGGGAUUAGAAGAAAUUGACGUUACUCUCAAGGAAGAGGAAAACUUUAGUAAUAGGAAAAAAUCCAAAAACAUCAAUGUCAGAGCAGCAAUGAUUCAUAUCAUCGGGGACUUUAUUCAAAGCAUAGGGGUUCUUAUUGCUGCUAUAAUUAUCAAAAUUUUUCCCAGUGCUAAGGUCGCUGACCCCAUUUGCACCUUCAUCUUCUCAAUCAUCGUUAUGUUUACCACAUUUCACAUCAUUCGAGAUGCUGUGCUGGUUCUUCUGGAUGCUGUCCCUAAAAACUUUAGUCUAACGAGGCUAGAAUGCGAAAUAUUCUGCCUAGAAGGGGUCAAGUCAGUCCAUCACUUGAAUGUAUGGAGCAUCAGCAUGGAUUGGCACGUGAUGUCAGUUCAUCUUGUGAUCGAUCACCAAGCGGACAGUGACAAAGUCCUCAAGUCAGUUACUUCCCUUGCGAAGAAUUCCUUCAACAUUCAACACAUCACUUGCCAGAUCGAACGAACUCCUGGCAUCCUGGAGUCAAGAUCCCACAAUCACAUUGAAAAUGGACCCGAUGUGACGUUAUAGUAUUCAAAUACCUCAUUAUUUCUCCUUAAGAGUUCUUUUAUUGUACAUAUCGAGUGCUUGAAUAAUAGACUUGUACGAGAUUCUUUA